AUGAAGUUUUUCGUGACAUUUGUUCUGUUAUUAACCAUUUCUAAGGGUCUUUCUAAUCCCAUAUCGGAAUCGAUCCCCGAAUCACCCGUUGAAGUCCCCGUUGGAGUCCCCGAUGGAAUUCCUGCUGAAGUGCCCGUCAAAGUGCCCAUCGUUGAGGCACCGGCUGUUGAAUUACCAAUUGUAGCACCGGUUGACGUACCAGUUAUACCAGCCGUUGAAAUCCCAGUUAUAUCACCGGUUGAGAUACCAAUUGUAGCGCCGGCUGAGACACCGGUUAUAGCACCGGUUGAGGAACCGAUUGUAGCACCGGUUGAAACCCCUGUUAUAGCACCGGUUGAGGUACCGAUUGUAGCACCGGUUGAGGUACCGAUUGUAGCACCGGUUGAGGUACCGAUUGUAGCACCGGCUGAGGCGCCAGUUAUAGCACCGGUUGAGAUACCAAUUGCGGCACCCAUUGAACCGGCUGUACGAUCGGCUGAAGCACCUGUUAUAGCACCGAUUGAAGUGGGCAUUAAAGUGGCCGAUGAAGCGCCCGUUGCGGCGCCCGUUGAAGUCCCGAUUGAGUCCAUCAACAGUGAGGACGCCAUUAAUGUAAUCAAAGAGUCGGAAGAAGGGGAAGACGACCCGACGAUCGUCUACUCGGAGACCAUCAACAGUGCGACCAAAUUGUUGUACGACUUGGACGCACACGUCCAACAGUUAGUGCCCGUCGAUCAGCCGCCAGUCGGUAGCGAUGAGAUCGGCGGUCGGGAUAGUAUGACCACAACUCAAGAACCCGUCACAACUGGUGCCCAAAUAUACAGCGCCGUCAACAGUGAGUUUGAGUUAGCGCUUAGCAAACAGGGAGAGAGUGUCGGCGCUCUCGUCACACAACUGGACACACUUCAGAAGAGGAUUCAGGACACAGUGUCUGAGCUGACCACUCGGCGCCGGUAUAUACUGAGCGCAAUGUUGCGACCAAUGCUUAACUCUGUGCGCCGAAUCCGAUCCAAUGUUGUCCGCAUCCAAACACAGUUGACAUCCAUUCAGUCGGCGGCUGCGGGCGUCGGCACUGGUAGUCGUCCGGCGCAAACACUGGGCGCCGCCGACCAGACAGCCAUCGACAGCAUUAAAAAGACGGCAAAAUUAUUUCUGUCCGGAAAUAAAACACAAGCGAAAUAUUCUUUCCAUUGUUUAGGUCUUUCUAAUCCCAUAUCGGAAUCGAUCCCCGAAUCACCCGUUGAAGUCCCCGUUGGAGUCCCCGAUGGAAUUCCUGCUGAAGUACCCGUCAAAGUGCCCAUCGCUGAGGCACCGGCUGUUGAAUUACCAAUUGUAGCACCGGUUGACGUACCAGUUAUACCAGCCGUUGAAAUCCCAGUUAUAUCACCGGUUGAGAUACCAAUUGUAGCGCCGGCUGAGGCACCGGUUGAGGAACCGAUUGUAGCACCGGUUGAAACCCCUGUUAUAGCACCGGUUGAGGUACCGAUCGUAGCACCGGUUGAAACCCCUGUUAUAGCACCGGUUGAGGUACCGAUUGUAGCACCGGCUGAGGCGCCAGUUAUAGCACCGGUUGAGAUACCAAUUGCGGCACCCGUUGAACCGGCUGUACGAUCGGCUGAAGCACCUGUUAUAGCGCCGAUUGAAGUGGGCAUUAAAGUGGCCGAUGAAGCGCCCGUUGCGGCGCCCGUUGAAGUACCGAUUGAGUCCAUCAACAGUGAGGACGCCAUUAAUGUAAUCAAAGAGUCGGAAGAAGGGGAAGACGACCCGACGAUUGUCUACUCGGAGACCAUCAACAGUGCGACUAAAUUGUUGUACGACUUGGACGCACACGUCCAACAGUUAGUGCCCGUCGAUCAGCCGCCAGUCGGUAGCGAUGAGAUCGGCGGUCGGGAUAGUAUGACCACAACUCAAGAACCCGUCACAACUGGU